UUAUAUUGUGAUAAACAUGUCUGCUUCCUACUGGACACCUAAGACAAAGUCAUCCCUACGUCAGCUGGCCGCAAGACUUGAAAAGACUCAAUUUGAUGGGGUGGUCUACGACCCGCUGUCUCGUUUUAACAGCAACGCCGAGAGCUAUGUCCUGACCCCGUACCACGAACUCAAGUUAGCCAAUGACAUUGCAUACUUGGCGUGUACAGAGGAAGGUGUCAGAAAGAUAUCAGCAGUAUGCGUUGAGGAAAGCAGAAGCAGCCUGACUAUACUGGUAGCCAGUAAUGAAAUCCCAACGCCGGAAACCGUGGCGUCGUUGCAAAAGAUUGGCAAUGCAAUCAGCAGCUACGCCAGUCGCGAAAUUCACCGUGAUGCCUUCUUGGAAAGGUCGUUCGAUAUGGUGAUGGAACUCUCCGGCGACCGCAUACUCCAGCGCACCCGACCAAGCUGGCAUCCAGGGCCAGCGUGGUUAAGAGCAGGGCAGACCACCAAUAUAUCCCUACUGCACAAACUCCAAGAUCUUUUCUCCCAAAUAGAGAGCACUCUAGAGCAUCGGUUCCCGAAGACACUGUCAGCGCUCAGAAAGGUCCACAAACAGCUCCAGCACCUCAAUUACCAGGGCAGCGAUGGCAAAGGAGCAAGACUGGCGCUGAAGACCAUAGUCCUCAAGGCUUAUGAGGCCUCUACUGCCGAGAAUCCUCGGACGUUGGAGCUCAAGCUGGGAGCAUGCGGCAAUGUAGGCAUGGAACUCGCUGGCAAAAAGGAGAUCCGACAAGUCGAUAAGCUUGCGCGCUAUUAUGGAGUUUGCCGGAACUUUGCCAAGAUUGCACGGCAGCCAAACUAUCGGGAUCUGCUCAGCAAUGUCCUGGUUUCAAGGUGUGAAGGAUACGCCGUCGUGCCCAGCGGUUCGGGAAACACGCGCCGGCUGCCCGUCCACGCAGAGGUGCAAUUGACAAUGCAUUACUUGGCCAGCACCCCCGUCCUGGCGCCCAGGGCAAUGGGCUGCAGCAAGUCUGCCUGUUUCCUCUGCCACGCCCUCAUCACCCGCCUCGGACAGUUUUCCGUCUCGGCCUGCCACGGAAGGUUGUAUUCUCAAUGGACGAUACCUGACGGCGUGCGCCUGGAAAGCAAAAAGGCGGAGAAACUGGCUGGUGCAAUAGUGGAGAUAUGUGAGAGCCUGAGAGCUCUCAGCGGAGACCCUAGGGUGCGUGUGUGCCCGCCAGAAAGCCGUGCGCUAUCAUUGCUGUCGGGCCCAUCCACGGCUACGCAGCUCUCCUUUGAUUCUGGAUCCGAAGUAUCGUCGGCAGAGACGAUUCGUCCGAGCUUCGUUGCGGGACCAAGCGCCGAUCCAGGUUCAACGUCACACACUGGUGCGACUGAGCCUCGGCAGGAGCAGCAGCUCCUGAACAGUGAAGCUGCACCCGCGAGUCCACAAGCAAAAAGACAGGCCGAGAAUCCGUCAGAAAGUCAUGUGGCAGAUCCGGCAGGAGAUCAAUCCUUCCAAUCCACAGCUUCGGCAGAAGGUUCUAAAGAUGCCAUCCCCGAGGAAACAAUCCCCGCUCAACAGCCAAACUGUCACACGCCGAAUGUCAGUUAUACCAAAUCGUUGCCAGCGAGAGAAUCACCGGUGGCUCUGAUCAGGCUAAAGGAGACGGACCUACCGUAUGAGCGUCAUAUUUGUAACGAUAUGCCACUCCUUGAUUUACAGCUCGGACGACUUUCGCUAUCUCUGGACUUUAGCAGCAUCAGUCUUGGGCGGCUUGCAGUGACGCGUGAUAACAUUAUUGAUGCUAGGUUUGUUUCUUUGGAAGCUUCGGAGCUCCCUUCAAGCAGCCCUGGACGCAUUCUCAGUUGCAAAGAAGGUGUCAACACAGUCUGCUUUCAGUUGUUGUGCUUUGGUUGUGUUGCUGUCAAUGUGGAAAUUACUUGGGGGAACAGCACAAGCUGAGAUGUGAUUAAACCUUGUAUAUCCCUCUCCGGGCAGUUUCAGUGAGUGACGCAUCUUUUUUUUUCUAUUUCGACAAAUUGGUCAUAUGAUCCCGGAUCUGGCUUUGAUUUACUACUCUACUAUCUCUAGGACUCAGCUGUUGCUUGACCACCCCCAACUGUUUGUUGGUAAUUUCCCUCAACCCAGUAACAUUAUCUAGUACGUUGAUGAGUUUUACUACUUGGGCUUCUAUUUGCUUAACAUUUUGAUUUGUGUUCUACCAAAAUUCGAUGCAGAGGUCAGGAUUAUGUGUGAAAACGUGGGGAAGGAAAGGUUGAUAAGAG